AUGUCGACCGUCUUUGACACCACCUUCCUUCCGGGAGGCGACUUUCUCGCCUCCCAGGAUGACUUCUUGGAUUUCGACACCAACUUCCAGCCAACCAACUACGCCGCUGCCUCUGCGUACACGCCCAACGAUGGUACUGUUUCACCGUCGGAUCUGUUCAAGGAUGAUUCUAUCAUCAUGUCGGCCCCGCCAUCUACUGCCUUCCCCAACUUGAGUACGCCCGACUCCGGCUACCUUGAGUCUCCGGCUAUGGCCAGUAGUGGUUUGAACACCUCUCCGUUGGAAGAUGGACUAUUAGAUGGCCAGUUGAACUUUGGCGAACUAGACAACUUGGCACCACUGUUUCCCCAAAACGGCUUCGAUCAGUUUGCUCAGAAAUCUGUUGUGUCAAAUGAGCCCUCUCGAGUCAAGUCGGGCUUCAAUGGCGCAGACCUGCAAUCUUCUGCCACUGCAUUUCCCAUGGUUAGGCAGAAAUCAUCUCCUGGCCGGCCGCCGUCGGUGCCGUUCGCCCAUGGCCGCAAACACUCGGAAACUUACGGCAUCAGCAAGCCCUCAUCCAAGUCGCGCUCCAAAGUCUUGACAGAAAUCAAGAUCGACAGUGACGACGACAAGGAGACUGCCAAGAGGAAGAAGAACACCGCUGCUGCUCGAAAGUCUCGACAAAGAAAGCAGGAAGCCGCCGAAGCUGCCGAGUCGGAGAUUCAACGACUCAGGGCCAUCAUCUAUCGUCUAGGAGCCGACCCGGAUGCGGCAGUUUAA